AUGGGCCGCGGGAGGACGGAGAUGAAGAGGAUCCACAACGACGUGUCGCGCCGGGCCACCUUCGGCAAGCGCCGCCGCGGCCUGCUCAAGAAGGCGGGCGAGCUCGCCGUGCUCUGCGGCGUGGACCUCGGCCUCCUCGUCUUCGACGACGGCGGCGCCGGCAAGCUGUUCGACUACUGCAGCCCCAGCACAAGGUCCGUUCUCCGUCCGUUCCGUCACGCGCUAGUCGAGACAAGCGAGAUUCUGCAUUAUGGUUUUGAUGAUCAUGCCGAUUACUGAAUCUGCAUCCCUUGCAAGUGCCAUCUUUGGCAUCGUCCUAGCCUGCCGCAGUAUUGGCAAUUGGCAUGCUCGAAUUGUGUUUUGUUUGUGAUCAAGUU